AUGUCAAAAGAAAAGGAAUUAUUUUGUGAAAUAUGUGGAAAUGGCUUGAAAACAGCAAGUAACUUAAAAAUGCAUAUGAGAAUUCAUACUGGAGAAAAACCUCACUCUUGUAGGAUAUGUGGAAAAUGUUUUGCACGAUCCAGCAAUCCGAAUGUUCAUAAACGAAGUCAUACAGGAAAGAAACUAAGGCCAUUCUCCUGUGAAAUAUGUGGGAAAUGUUUUUCAUCAAAGUCUGAUGAUUUGAAACGUCAUAUGCAAAUUCACGCAAAACCACAAUCAAGAUAUUUUUCACAAUCAAGAUAUUUGAACACGCACAUGCGAACCCAUGACAAGCAAUUCAAGACAAUGACAAGCUCAUGUGAGAUAUGUGGAAAAUGUUUUUCACGACCUUGGAACUUGAAGAGACAUAUGGAAAUUCAUAAUAAGAAGAACAUUAUGACUGUGAAACAUGUGGAGAGCGAAAAAGAUGUAAAAAAGUCGAUGUGUGAUAUGAAAAGUCAGAAAAUGGGUGCCGAGUGA